CAUUCUUUCCUAUAAAAAGCUCCAACAUUCCCCAAAACCCUACAAUCGAUCUUUUCGUUUCUCUCCUCACAUAUUCUCGACACACAAAAAACACGCCAUAAAAGAACAUCUCUGCUUCACCCAAAAACCCUAAUUAAACCCGAGAUUCUUGCAUACAAAGAAUGGAAGGGAAAAGGCCGUUUCGAACGGAUGAGUGGGAGAAGGAAGAAGCGGACGACGACGAGAACAUAUUUCCGGUGUUCUCGGCUCAAUCUCAGCACGACACUCGUGUCAUGGUCUCUGCCUUGACCCAAGUGAUCGGAAGCAAUAACGCCGACCAAAGUAGCACUUCUCAUGAGAACAUUAACCAUAUUUAUCCAAAUCAUCAGACUUCUGUUUAUGAUCCACAAUACCAUUCUCAACCACCACCCGUUGCACCUGCUCAAGAUCAAGAAGGUAACUUGAGGAGGAGACAGCAGUAUAGAGGAGUAAGACAAAGACCAUGGGGAAAAUGGGCAGCCGAGAUUCGUGACCCACAAAAGGCGGCUCGUGUGUGGCUUGGGACGUUUGACACUGCCGAGGCCGCUGCCUUAGCUUAUGAUGAGGCGGCUCUUCGGUUCAAAGGAAGCAAAGCCAAACUCAAUUUCCCUGAAAGGGUUCAGUUUGGAACAGUGGUUACUCCAAACUCGGGUUAUUAUGACCAUUCUUGUUCUUCCAAUCCACAUAUUGAUACCUCAAACACGAUGUCUUCUUACGAACAGUACUAUUACCAUCAUGAUCAAGGCGGAAAUACCAUCGAUACAUCGAGUUACAGUUCCCCUAACGGCGGAUUUUCUAUGUUACCUUCUACAACUACAACCACAGGUAUGGGAUCUUCAUCUUCCGGUGGAUCUUGGAGGCAAGAAGACGACCAAGAUUCCUCCGGAUAUUUUCAUUUCGGGGGUUCCUCUUAUCCUCAUUCCGGGUUUUGAUAGAUCCUUGGUUAUAUAUACACACACAAGUGGUCUAAAUAUUAUAGGGGUGUUAUCUUGUAUUACUCGUUGUUUUCUUGAGUGUUUUGCCUGCUUUAUAUGUAUUGUGGUUUGUUCUCUCUCUUGAGUGUCCUUUUGCCUUUGGUUUUGUUCAAGUUUCUUGGAGCUGAAAGUUGUGAUUUUUUUUUUUGUUUUCUCUUUUUUCAUGUUAUGAUAGUUUUUGUUGGU